AACAAACAAACAAGUGAAUGAUUCUUAACUUUGUUGGUUUCUGUUUUGUAGAUAAUGCUGCUGGUGUCAUUGUGAAUCCCAAAGGUGAAAUGAAAGUGUUGUGUUCGGUGUCUGCAUGCACAUAUCAUCGGUGAUUCAUAGCCACACAAUAAUAUAACAACAGAACAUACUUGCAAAGAUUGAAGCUGCAAAUGCCUCAGUUUGACCACCACAAAUUGCUACAUCAGUAAGAGGGUCAAUAUCUAAACCAUGCAUUUCCUUCAACAUCUUGGCUAAGUGUUCACAUAUACCUUGCAUGUGCCUACAGGUACAAGUACAAUACAAAUAGAUAGAUUCUAUGAUCAAUUGGUGGAAAACAAAUAAAAAUAGAACUUGUGCUGCUAUACUGCUACUACUAAUAGUAAAAACCUGUAUUGGUUGAGGACGGAAUUGAUGGCGGAAACGGCGGCGUUUUUUUAUAUGGUUAGAUAUAUAGUAUCAUACUGAACAAUUGAAUUGUUUUAUACUCACUGUAAUUGGUUGUUCCUUAAAUUAUACAAAAACAAUUGAAUUGCGCAUAAGGAUAGGUAAACAGGGUGUGAUUGUUUCUCAUUUGCAAUCAAUCUUUUUCUUCUAUUUUCCCCUUCUCAUAAUCUGAUUACAUAUAGAGCAACCGAUUGGGAUUUUCCCCUUCUUCUGUCUCUAAAUGUUGAAAUACAUAUAUAGAUAUUGAUAGGACUAUAUCUUCUUUUGUUUUACGAAAAUAUGCAAAAAAUUCUUACCUUGGGAGUUGGGAUGUAUGUAAGCUUGAAGUGAUCUCCUUCAAAUUAGACUUUGAAUUCCUUUGGAUAUACAUUUUGAACAUAGGUUAAGAGAGGGGAAAUCAUUUUUAUAGCAUAAUCUUCAAUGUAAAUAUACUGGAACUUACAAAUGAUAUAUUCAAGAAGAAUAAAGAGCAUGCCUAGACCUUAAUUUGCUUUGAAGUAAUUCAGUCCUGCCUUCACUCAUGAUAAAAAACGUGGUGAUUUCUAAAGUAGGGCAUAAAUUAGCAACACAAACAAGUUGAGAAAAUUUGAGCGAAUCAUAAUUGCAUUCACUUUCUUUGAAUUGUAUACUUGUGUGCAGGAAUUGAUUUUUUAUUUUUAUGUAAAUAGCUUGUGUGCAUAGUGCUUUUGCAGGAUUAUGGCAUCAACAUUGAUGACGAUGAUCAGCCUAUCAUGCUGUUUCGGUAGCUUAUGUGCGUAGUGCUUAUGCAGGAUUAUGGCAUCAACUUUGAUGACGAUGAUCAGUUUGUUAAGCUGGUUCAGUGCAAAUGUGGCACUAAAUUCCGCAGGAAUAUGAAGCGAUCUUAUUCUUAAUCUUCCUUUUGUGUGCAAUGUGCAUAAGUUUGUUUUACUUACAACAUCAAAUAUAUAACCUGUUACCUUUUUAAGAUUAUUCAAUUCCUACACUGCGGUCUUCUCUACUCCGUUUCAAUAUUCAUUUUCGAUUGUGUAUUUGAGUUUCAGCCUCCAUGAUGGCUUGUGAAAAGCUAUUCUUCGUUUAGCAUUUCAAAAUUUCACUAUUAAUAUGAAAUUUUGAAAUCACUAAAUUAAUUAAAAAAAAGAUCAUAUGAGAGCUGAAAUUGUUAAUUUCAGGUGAUUUUUGAUUGUCAUAACAUUCUUUACAUUAUUGUAUUUGCUUCUCAUCGUUUUGCUAAAUUGAUAGUUUCAAAGGCUUUGCUUAUACUGAACUCGAGGUUUUAUAUCUAGUAGUUAUUUAGAAGAUCUUAUCUGGACUUGCAAAAUAUGUGGAAUAGCAUAUGAAUAUAUAACUGGUGCAGAGUUUCCCUUCAUUCCCUCUUCAACUGUAGAAACAACUUAAACAUAACCACUUAAAACCAUAAACGCUUAUAUUGAGUAAGUGCUUAUAUAUAUACUGUUUGCCCGAAUACUCCCUUAGCUUGCUUGCUUUGUUUAGUUAGUUUUUUUGGAGUUUGCACAUAGCACUCUGUUGGGACAUAUUUUAUUGCAUAGUUGAUUUGUCUUGAAUGGCAAUAUGCCAGGCAUGAAAUAAGGCUCAAUUAGUGGACUCUUGAUUGUGUUAGUGUUUUCCCUUCUUUUAUUGUUCCUUCUUCCCAUGUUUUAUAUUCAACAUCUGUGGUGCUCCAUAAAACUUAAUCUUGUUGCACACAAAAUAAGUUUCUUGUGUGUAUUACAAUGUUACUAAUUCGUUUUACCAUCUAACAAUGCAGGAGCCAUUAGAUCAUCGAUUGUUGGUGAUAGAUCAAGCCAUUUCUGCUAAACUACAUUUUCUGUGAGAUCCAUCCAAAAGUUAUGGACGCAUGUUUUCAAAAUGAAGCAAGAGGAAUACAAAAAAGAAGAAAUUGAUUGGAGUUACAUUGAAUUUGUGGAUAAUCAAGAUAUUCUGGAUCUGAUUGAAAAGAAACCUGGUGGCAUUAUUUCGCUUUUGGACGAAGCUUGUAUGUUUCCUAGAUCAACACAUGAAACUUUGUCUUCAAAGAUCAUAAAAGGUUUAGCAAGCUCAAAUUAUCUCCUACUGACUUCACAAUUUGCCAUUAUGUCGGUGAUGUAAUUGUUAAGAAGUCCCACAUCGAUUGCGAGGUGAUGUAAUUGUUUAUAAAGUAGAGACAAGUUAGACCCAAAACUCAAUUCUAAGAAUAAUAAAUAGGAUACAUAUAUGACAUAAUAUAUACCAAGAAUGCUAGAUUUGAUUUGAUGUUUUAUUGUAGGUCACUUAUCAAACUGAGUUCUUCUUUGACAAGAACAAAGAUUAUGUUGUUGCGGAACACGAGGCACUUCAUUAUGCUUCCAAAUGUCCCUUUGUAUCUGGCUUGUUUCCCCUUUUACCGUGGAAACUUCCAAACAAUCAAAAUUCUCUUCAAUAGGUUCCAGAUUUAAGGAUCAAGAUGACAAUGAUCUUAUGGCCUAUUGGCUGUCAAAUACGUCAACAUUGUUGUUUUUACUUGAACAAAGCUUGAAAUCUGGGAGUUCAACAAAUGCAACCUCAGUUGGAAAACCACCUAAUCCAACAUCCCUAUUUGGAAGAAUGACUAUGGGUUUUCGUUCAUCCCCUUCUUCUGCCAACUUUGCUGCUCCCUCAUCGGUGGUUGUACGCAAGGUAGAGGCUAAGUACCCUACUUUGCUUUUCAAGCAGCAGCUCACAGCCUAUUUGGAGAAAAUAUAUGGCAUCGUUCGAGAUAACUUGACGAAGGAGUUAACAUCGGUUCUUGCCUUAUGUGUCCAGGCACCAAAAACAUAUAAGGGAGCGUUACGAUCUGGCCGGUCAUUCGGUAAAGAUUCCCCAAUGGUUCACUGGCAGAGUAUUAUUGAAAGAGAACUUUGUGCCUCCGGUUCUUAUCCGAAAGAUCUUCAGUCAAACAUUCUCAUUUAUUAAUGUGCAACUCUUCAAUAGGUAAAUGGUUUACUAGUUCGUCCCGGUUGUUGCACAUUCAGCAACGGAGAAUAUGUGAAAG